AGCAUAACAUUAGCACAUGGAGAAGUUGUGUUUCGUAAGUGCAUAAUCAGCUUCUCGACUAACACAAUUUGAGCUCAUCCUCGGAUGGGAUCUUUAUUUGUUUGAUAGUAUAAGAAUUACUAGCAGUUAUCCAAAGUAUAGCCUGUCAAUAGGAAAAGGACUUCAACAUAAUGGCUAAAGCAUUAGUACAGGGUGCCAGUCGUGGCCUUGGUCUCCAGUUUUGCCGCCAUAUAUUAGAAAGGUCACCAAGUGCAGCCGUUGUUGCAACUUGUAGAAAUCCAGAGGAGGCAACACAGCUGAAGCUAUUGAAAUCUAGUUAUCCAAAUAACCUCAGAAUUCUUCAAAUAGAUGUCACCCGUGAGGAUCAUGUUCAGCUUGCUGCUGCUUCUGUGAAAGAUGACUUGGGAAGUUUAGACUUACUCAUCAACUCUGCAGGAAUCCUGCAUCCAUCAAAAAGAGGAGAGACUAGUUUAAAAGAUGUCACUGCUCAUGGGCUAGAAGCAACUUUUCGGACUAACACUCUUGGGCCAAUGAUCAUGGCUAAAUACUUCAGUCCUCUUCUGCUAAAAGGUCAAGGGGCAUUUGGUUUGACUGACAGGGAUAAACCUCACAAAGGCAUCAUUGUAAAUAUUUCAGCCAAGGUGGGCUCUAUCACUGACAAUGGUCUUGGAGGCUGGUACAGCUACAGGCUCUCUAAAACAGCCCUGAACAUGGCAACAAAGAAUCUCAGUAUUGAAUUAGGGCGUGGUAAAAAUAAAGUCAUAUGUGUUUCUUUUCACCCAGGGACUGUGGACUCUGAUCUUUCUAGACCAUAUCACAAGGGAGUCCCUGAGGGGAAACUAUUCAGUGUUGAACACUCAGUAAAUCUGCUGAUGAACAAUAUUAACAACCUUAAACUUGAAAAUAGUGGACAGUUUCUUAAUUGGGAUGGAACUCAACUACCAUAUUGAGCUUAGUGAAUAUUCAAUAGUUAAAAUAUUAAAAAAUACAUGUAACUUAUUAUAAGGAAGAUAUGGAAUAGAUGUAAAAAA